GAGAGAGAGAAAGCAUGACUUGUGUUUGUGUGUGUGGGAAGGGGUACCUGGCUAAUGAGGACACACUGUGGCUCUGUGCAGCUGGGAGAUGAUGGCCUAAAGACAUGGAAAGUCUUUCAUCUCCUUUCUUGGGGUGUGUGUGUAAGACAGAGUGAGACAGAAAGAGAUUGAGAUGGGUGUGGUUCAUGGGACAGGCUCUGCCUAAGAGGCCCUUAGCAGGAAUUUGUGGUACAAGUAAAAACAGACUCUUUCAUUUCACAAGUUGUGGUCAUAGUAAGGGCUCUGGAGCAAAUCCCACGCUGACGAAAAGCUAAGUAAAGAGGAUGGAUACAUGGAUAUGGAUAGUUUCCUUUAAUUUAGAUCCACAAAUCUGUACAGGGAAUGGCAAAACAGGGUGAGGGAUGAGCCACUCCUCUGGGAUUGGCCAAGAUGUGGAGGAGGCUACUAAUGGCGUUGACACUUCCGACUCUCCAGAUGCAUGCGAUUGGGAGGCGGCUCACAGCGCCACCUCCCAGGAGCUUAAGUGUCAAGACAAAGUAGGUUGUCUGGGGCAAGACCAACAGGAAGGAACACUUUCGGAAGCUCAUGCACAUACAGCCCACAGCACAGACCCGGUGUGCAGACAAACACGCACACGUUCUGCACUUUACAGCGAUGACAGCCCUGCACACAUAGACGAGUCACGGCACGAACAUGCACCUCACUCAAGACCACUGGACAAGGACGGUUUGCCUAUGGAUACAGUUGGCCCAGCACACAUGCAGCCCAGUGAUGGGUGGGGAAUGGUGGAGGAGAAGCAGGUUAAGAAAUGGAAGGAAGUCAAAAAAGAUGAAGAUAAUCAGCACACAGCAGACAUUUCUGUGCAGCCAGUGAAAAAAGAGACUACCACCGAGGACAUAACCGUUUCAAACACUCCACCCAUGGAGCCAGCCAACCCCAAUUCUGCUCUUCAAGGUGAUUACCCUUCUUCUGCUUCUACUAGUCCUGAUCAGGCCCCACCCCUGGUUCCAGCCCCACCUCCUGACUCAGCCCCGCCCCCAAUGUUGCCAGAAUCUGAUGACUGGCCGCGGCCCAUGCAUGUGAUGGCGGAGGUGCGGGUGCGCUCAGCACCAGAGCGGGACCGGGAGCGCGUGGUACGAGGCAUGCAGGACAGUAAGAGUCUGGACGGGCUCAGUGAGGCAUGUGGGGGUGGGUCCAGGGGCUUGGGUACUAGAGGGGGGCAGGCUGAGGGCCGCAGGGCCACCAUAUCCAGCGCCCUGGAGCUGGAGGGCACCGUGAGCCGCGACGGAGAUCUCACACACUUCAUCACCAAGAACCUGGAGCAGAAGAUCAAAAUGAGCUCCCGGCCCAGCCUGGACACUGACUCGGACUGCUCGGGGCCUGUGGUUCGAAGUCGUGGGUCACUGCGGCGACCAGCAGACAUUCCGCCCAUAGAUCCGUCAGUGCUGCUGGACCUACACAAACACACACAGGAGAUGGCGCACAGUGUAGAGAUAAUGCUCCGGAGUCUCAGCGGAACCAUCCAGAAUAUGACAGCGUUGAGUGUGGGUUAUAUUCAGACGUACAGGGAUUCUGUGGACAGUUUGGGAGAAUCUGUGGAUAUGAGCAUAAAGGGAAUGUAUACACUAAUGGCGCGGUGUGAAGAGCUGGAUCGCUCCAUGCAGCCUAUACAGACGCUUGCUGCUCAAAUCAGAGACAUCAAACGCACGCUGGAUGCUCUGGAAGCUGUCUGCAAGUAACCCCUAGCAACAGGCCAUGCCCCUGACAACACAGAAGCUCCAGGAGAUGAGCCACAACAGAACUCUGCACUCUGCAGAUACUUCGCUAAUUAUCAUGCAACUGAAUCACUUUGUUAAUGAUCAUGUGUCCUAGCAACGCUCUGCGAGUGCUUCUCUUCUUAGACACAGCCUGGCUCUAGCACCUCCCAAUGGAGCCAAUUUGUUGUUCGCUCUUCCUGUUGUAAUGGUUCCGCCUCUUCUGUAGAAUGGAUAUUGGGGAAGAGAAGAAUGGAUUCAUUGUGAGCUCACACCAUCCAACACUUAAGAAGCACUUUCUUUGAAUACAUCAAUGACGUUGGUGGGACUAUUUUAUGAAGUACAUUUGAGUUUGUGUGGGUAGGUUAUUGAGAGAUGAGUGUUGUUAAGUGUCAUCUUCCUGCUUCAUAUUAGACAGGAGAACAUGUUGCAUCAGUAUUUGUCCAUGCAGAAACAUUAACUAGAAACCAUUCUGUUGAUAUUUGUUCUCCCUGGGCAUUUGUGCGUCUGCAGACUGGAUGCUAUGUAUCCCUACUUGACUUGAGUUCCGUUUGUACAGUGACCAUUGAUUGGUUCUGACAUGUGGGCCCUGGUAAUCAUCCAGAGAGCUCUGGACUAUCUGUUGCCAUGGCACCAGCCACGACAAGCACAUGGUGGCAGGUGAGGUGUGGUACAUGUCAACACAGACCCCCAGGGCCAGUCCAGAAUGACCGCUUGGACAGACGGAGAGAGCACAAAACCAGUGAAAGAGACUGGAAAAACAGAGGGAGUUGAGGAACAACACAAAGGAACGCAGGAUGGUCCCUUUCCUCUCUCCACACCUGACUGCCUGUCUCCCCCUUGCCUUUUUCUAUCCCUCUCUGCUUCUAAAAUCCUGAUUUAUCACACGGUCUGUCUGGCGUCGGUGUAUAUUUUAAAGAAUGAAACGCAACAAUAAAUUUACUAGAAUGAUCUGUAAAUGUUGUUUCGCAGUUACCUUUUUGAAGGUUAGACACUCAAAGAAAAAAAAAAUUGAAAAGGAAACAGGCUGAGCAAAAGCUCAUACUAGGUACCCAUACUGUUUGCAUACAAAGUAAAGCAUUUGCUUCCCAGAAAUCCUGUGUAGCUGAAUGGCUUUGUCUAUGGGUACUUCUCCCACUGUGCGUUGCACUAUUUCCAGCCCUUAUGCUGUAGGGUGGCCCAGUAAAAGCUUAUGCAUUA